CGUAUAAUAAUCACGCGAAAAAAUCAUAAAAAUCCGUCGCUACUGAACUCGGACCGAACCACCGUACCCGUAUGUGGAUUGCUGCGGUUCAUUCCCAUCGGAUUAGUAAGUUUUUUUCGUGAAGUUGCACGUUCGCGCACUUUUACGCAGUGGACUCACAUUUUCCGGCCGUGUGCUGAAAUUAUCUGUGCUACCGACUGCUCCAUUCGAACAAGCCCUUGGACCAGGUGUGAUGAAGGUUCUAUGGAAUACCUAAUUAUAUGUCUCGCCCACUGCAUCGCUUGGAUCAGCUCAUAUAUUGACAGUAUCGUGUCGAUGUCUUGUGCUCUCCUAAAGUCGUUGGGCUCCGUGCUUCAGUACCUGUUCUUCGGUGAAUUGCGUGUUCCCGAAGACAAUCAAGGCAAGGACCGUCUAUGGAACUAUGUUUUCUACAAGUUCAUUUUCAUCUUUGGCGUCCUCAACGUAUCACGGGUGGAAGCUAUCGUCUCGUGGACGGGAUGGUUCGCCGCCAUCGGGCUUGUACAUCUGCUCACGCAGCUGUGCAGAGACCGCAUCGACUACAUUACAUUCUCAGCGCAGCUGACGCGCGCGACUCACGCGCGCCUGACUCUGCUGCUUGUUGGUCUGUUGACAUCAUGCGGAGCGCUCCAUGUGGCCGCUAUUCGCGCGGCCCGCGUCCACCCCCAAAGUAUCCACUACUUUCUGCUCUGCGAUGCGGAGGUAAUGCUCGCUAGCGUUGACGUCCUGUACAUUGUUCUUAGGUACUCAGUGCACCAAUGGGACGUUUACAACGAUCGAGGAUGGGACAAUCGGGCCGAGUUUGCAUACUUCUCAGAGCUCCUGUUUCAGCUUGCCUCCUUAGCCAUUGAUUUUGCCCACGACCUACAUAUGUUGAUAUUCGGCAACAUCUUGGUGUCGAUGGCAUCGGUGGCAAUCUCGAUGCGUCUCCACGCAACGUUCACAGAGCUCAAAAAGCGUCUCCAUAAACACCGACAUUUCGCCCGUAUUUCAAUGCGCUUGGCUGAACUGUAUCCGUCUGCAACAUCCGAGCAACUCGUCGAUCCUUGUGCUAUUUGCUGGGAGAGCAUGCUUACUGCAAGGCUCCUACCAUGUUCUCACAUCUUCCACGAUUCGUGUUUACGAUCAUGGCUAGAGCAGGACACGACUUGUCCCACCUGUAGACUUCAACUGGAUAUCGAUCCACUUUCACCGACGAAAGAAAACCUAAUCCUGCCUCCUGCUGUACCAGUAACGAAUGUUCUGACAGCAACUGCAGCUGCCCAAUUGAUAAACAACAAUAACAAUGUCCCUUUAAGUGUGGAGGGAGCAGCUGUGUUGGAGCGCGCGGUAACGACGUCUGCGCACGUAUUUCACUUCAACGGGCCACGCUUCCUUAGCUGGCUGCCAUCGGUGUCCGUCGAGGUGUCUCAUUCGACUCUGCCACCGGAGGAUCCAACUGCUAUGCUUCAGUUGUCAGUCGAUGUCACUGACCCGAGCGACGAAGGAGAUCUCAAGGAUCAGCAGCAGACAAACACAUCUUCUUCUGGAGAUGUUUUCCGGCCAACGCCGGAAAUGCCAGAUGCCGAGGAGACUGAACAGGAUUGGACUGAAGUGCUGCCAACACAAGAUCUCAUUGCUACGCCUAUCCUAGGACAAAGACGGAAUCCAUCAGGUGAGCCCGUCCAGUUGGCUUAGUAAAGGUAUUCCAUGCACAGCAAAAGUAUAGUCAUAACAACAUGAAGUGAUGGUCAAAAUCCACCCAGCUCAAAUGUCCGAGUUCCUUAUGCCUCAAAUCCCUGUUGCCGACCGCGUACAAGAAAGGAACUUGAAAAAGCUUUGUCCCAUCAGGCAGCCGAACACCUAUAAAUUGGUCUAGCGAGUUCAACGAGCAAGAUGCGAAUUUGACGUUAGUGUAACGUUGAAUAUCAAAACUAAGCGUGAUAAGAGAAGAAUUAAGAUUGCGCUCGAGUUCGGUCCCCCGACCAUAACUCGAAAGCGAAACCGAAUUGUGAAAAGAUCAUCUAUGAGGUUUGACAGAACGUCGUCGUUAUAAUAUGGUAAAAAAAAAGAAAUUAGUUAAAAAUGUAUGUAUUGUGUUCGACAAGAACCAAGACAUUUUUCAACAACUAACUGUAUUUGGCAACACUUCCUGCCUCAUCGAACCCAGUACUAGCGUGUAGCACCCCUCAUCCAAUCGUCACUUUAAGAUUCUGCAUUGGCAAGUACCGACACACGCUUAGACAAAAAUUCUAUUCUUAAGAAAGCAUUCUCAAUAUGUAAACGCAUGAUAAUGGUGCACUCUAAUUAGGUAAACAAACUAAUUAAUGGAAUCACAAUUACACAAAGAUCAUAGCUUGUUUCCUAACAUUUUUGCUUGUGUAACAAUGAAGAAAUUGUUAGGUACGACUGACCAAAUGGGUUUUACGCAGGAGACACAACAUAUUAAAAGGACUCCACUAUUUAUACUAUAGUAUAUAAUGGAGUGCAUAUCUUGCAAACUGAUGCCUUUUGCUAGGUUCUAACCACCUGGAAUCCACUGUCGUACCCUAGUUGAGUGUAGCUAGGUGCGACUGUUUCCAUUACUCCAAGACGUUAACCCUCCAGUAUCUGUAACGUAGAACAAGUGAACGCGAUUGCAAACAUGUGGAAACAUGUUAUUAUUACUAAGUCCCUAAAACUUCGAUGAUGGAAGAGAUCCGCUUUCUCUCGGCCCAGCACGAAUUGCAAACGGGUCCAGCUUUCCUGACCACUUUCUCACUUCCGUUUGGUUAUUAUUACCGGUGUAUACAGGCUAUAAUAAAGCCAUUUUAUUGUGAUAAUACAGUGAAGGUUAGAGUAUAAAUUGGCGAUGGUUUUCUAUUCCAUUGCUGACAAUGUAUAUAUGGAUGAACUAAAACUGUAUAUAUGGCGAUUGCAUAGCAAAAAAACGAUGCGUUCAUUAAAUAAAUAUAAUUUAACGAGAAUGCUUUAAAGGUAAAAAAAAUGUGUUUUAUUUGCCUUUUUUCGUUAGAGCGGCUGCUUUUGGAGCAUUUCUUCGAGUAAAUGACGGAAAAACGUCUUAUUUCGUAAUAGAUAUUAAAUACUGCAUAAUAGAUAUUAAAUACUGCACAUUUGGUAAGCCGUCUGCUUCGCGCUCUAUUUCAAGUAGCCGGAGCCUCUACCUAUGGAGCUAUCAUCACCCUCUUUCGUUCGAGCUUCGGCGUGUAACGUAUCUCAUACAUUAAGCACAACUUGUCAUAAAUGGGUGAAGAUUGGAAGUUUGGCUUAGGUUAGUAUUAGUUCAUAAUGGUUAAUGCUUCGAAUAUUUGCUCGAAUUAAAAAGCUGCACAGGCUGUGUGGAAUACCGGUUCACUCUAUGCUGUAGAAUCCAUGUACGAAAAGAGGACGGUUCGAAAGAAGCUUGCCAAAUUCAGUAAUCGUAUUUGGGAACUAAAGGAUACACUGCCCCUAAGUCCGCCUUCUUUUGAGCCGCUGAGGGCGAUUUAAAGGAUCGUGAAUCGACUGAUGUGAUGAAGUCUAGCCAAACUAUUUACAGGCACAUUGAAUUUAUAAGAUUUGCAAAAAAACUUUAGAUGCGCCAUGAAGAGAACGAAAAACACCGGAAAACAUUGUUGCUCAAAAUCGCACCCGACAGAGGACGACACGCAGCUACAAAGACGGAUUUCUACAAACAAUCGUACCGGCUAGCAAAUCUUUACGUCAAUGUGAAAUAGAGAAAGAAACUGAAAGCUCUAAAAAGCUUAGGGUCUUCUUCGUAAAAAGACAUCUUCAUCCUAAAACGACUCUGACUUACGUUUGGUAAGACGAGUAGUUCAGACUAAAAAAUCCUAGAUAAGGCACAUAUGAUUUGUGAUGCUAUUGACUCCGAAAAAGCCUCACAAAGGCACUUUCUCCAAGACAGUGCCAAACGGCGCCUGGAAACUGCCCUGGAAAAACUUAGGUAGGUAGUUAUCUUAUAUCAACUAUAUAUCCAGAGCUCGCACAAAAAUAUAACCAGCUUUUCCGAUUAAUGGCAAAUUAAAUUCAUAAAUAAACGUUUGAUAGAGUAUAAAAUUUCAAAGCUUGCUUGGACGGGUUCUUCAAAACCCCAAUUUUGGACAACUAGGUAAGGCGGAAUAAAUUUGUUGAGAAAUAGGAGAAGGGCGUGACAGCGGAUACAUAUAAUCUGUUGCCAUAAUUCAAGCAAAAUGCUGCAUUUUUUGUUUAGAAAGCUGCCGUUACUUAUGUUCCAAGCUAGCACUGUAGGGACGGAUGGCUCAUUUACAUUGUCUUAGUCAUAGAACGUGCUUUGAAAGAUAGAAAAAAACUCUUUCCGCGCAUAAUUGUAUCCGCCUUCGCAUAAAACGCCGAUCCUUCCUGAACAGUGCUUCACACAAAGCCAAACAACACUCGGGAUACGUCAUUGCCGCUAGCUGGGUCGUUUUAUAACAAAAUGAUAUGAAUGGGAUAUUUAAAAUCGCAAUAAGCCAAACGAAAAAAAGCAAGGGAUUUUGAAUCAAGUUAUGAUAGACUCCAGGGAAGUUCUAGGGCUUUAGGAGAAGCUUUGGUCUCGGUUAAAAAAAUAUAAGUAAUUGUCUUUACAUUUAGGUACACUAUAUAAUUACACAAAAGUGUUUUUCUAAUAUCUAAAUUUCUGAUUGUUGAAUUUUUUUAAGUUGACAUGAGUUGAGUAUGACAUAUAUAUAUAUAUGUCAUAAUAAGCGUUUAGGUAUACAAUGCACUCCGUGUUCAAAACACCUGAACGUACCCAAAACGAACAAUCGUUAUUUGAUUGUACUGCUUUUCUAUUACGCAUUUGAAGUAAAUGGAAAGAUACUCGCGCGAUCUUUACCUAUACUUAGGUCAUUGUCAUAGUUUCUAUUUUAUGGUAUAAUCUCGGAGACAUGUUCAG